AUGUUAUUGAGUUAUACUCAAGGUGCAAUGGGACCUAAACCCAUUAGUUCUAAACCUAUAGGCCAAACUAUAAGUAAAUACCAAUUAGGUGAAUGUCUUGGAAAAGGUGCUGUUAGUUCGGUAUAUAGGGCUUUAAAUUGGGAGACCGGUGAAGCUGUUGCCGUUAAACAAAUUAAGCUAUGUAGUAUACCGAAAUCAGAAUUAAUAUUUAUUAUGACCGAGAUUGAACUGUUAAAGAAUCUUAACCAUCCGAAUAUCGUAAAAUAUAAAGAUUACGUCAAAUCAAAGGAACAUUUGAAUAUCAUAUUAGAAAAAUUUGGAAAGUUUCCCGAAAACCUCGUUGCUGUAUAUAUUAAACAAGUUUUGGAAGGUUUACGUUACUUACAUGACCAAGGGGUUAUACACCGAGAUAUUAAAGGUGCAAACAUCCUAGCGACCAAAGAGGGUCGUGUGAAACUUGCCGAUUUUGGCGUUGCUACGACGAAAAGCGACUCGAAUGUUGUUGGUUCGCCAUAUUGGAUGGCACCUGAAAUAAUUGAAUUAUCAGGUGCAACUACUUCUUCAGAUAUUUGGAGUGUUGGGUGUGUGGUUGUUGAACUUUUAGAGGGAAAACCUCCUUAUCAUCACCUUGAUCCUAUGCCUGCACUUUUUAGGAUAGUUCAAGAUGAACAUCCUCCGUUGCCAGAAACUGCAUCACCUGUUGUUAAGGAUUUUCUUAUGCAAUGUUUUCAAAAGGAUAGUAAUCUCAGAGUUUCGGCUAGAAAAUUACUUAAACAUCCUUGGAUAGUUAGCAUUAAAAAAAGAAAAGGUGAUACUUUACAACAACCAAAAUUAUCACCAGAAUAUGCAGAAUAUGCAGAAGCUGUAAAAAGUGUUCAAGAGUGGAAUGAAGCUUUAAAAGGUACAAAAUUCAAGCCUUCAUCGCCAUCCCAUCGACGCAGAAGAAGCGAGUCACUAAGAUUAACAGCUACUAUGCCUACAAAAUUAUCAAAACAUCAAUUUCAUCAAAAUUCACCUUUUGGUAGUGGUAAUUCACCACCAAUUCCCGCACUUCCAUCAAAAAUACCAGAUUUUACACCGCAAGUCGAGAAUAGUGAACUGGUAAAUCUAAUGCCUUUUAAUAAUUCUUCAGAUUUGAUUACACCACCACCAACUUCAUCAAGUCAACAACCUAGUCGUCUUUCGGUAACUAUUGAACCUGAAGACGAAGGAGAUAAUUGGGACGAUGAUUUUGUGGAUUCAAUACCUUUUGCAAAGAUUGCGGGUAUACAAAGUAAACAAUUAAAUCAUAAGUCAUCUGAUGAAGAUAAUGUGCAAACCAUUCGAUUAAGUCGGUUUAAAAAUGGACGAGAUAAGAGUAAAAAAUUAACGGUGUAUCGUGAUGAUAAAGAUAUUAAGCAACAUGAGAAAAAUCCCCUAGAUUAUAAAGAAGAUAAUUUUCAAAAGAAAGCAUCACAAAAUAAUAAUCAUAAACAAGAAAGGGUUCUUCGAGAAAACAAGCGGCAAGAAGUAGCUCGAGAUAAUAAGGAACUAGAGAACGAGAAAAUAGAAAGAAAUGUAGAUGAUAUAAUUGAGGAUAAUUCUGAAGAAAAACACAAUAGUUGGGAGUCCAUGCAAGAUACAAUUCAUAUAAAAUCAAAAAAUUUAAAUAAAUCAAAUAACGUAGAAUACACCAGAACGUCACUAGCCAAACCACCAAUCGUUUCGUCAAUUACAAAAUCUAUAGAGAUAUCAAAAACCAAUAAAUCAAAGCCUGAAAAUCCGGCGAUAAAAUCGAUAAUUAAACAUCAUACCCGUGCGCACAGUGCCAAUUCUAUACCAAGUCCAAUUAAUUCUUCUCAUAACGGAACAAAUGACAGGCCUGUAUCUCCGAUCGAAGUAUCUCAAAAGCAACGAAAUUUUAAUGGAAUUGUUCUAUUGUCUUCUGAAGGAAAUCAAGAGGAUGCACAAAAUUCAAAUGAAAUUCAACAAUAUUAUGAAUCCGAUGAUGACGAUUAUAACAAAGCCUUUGGUGAAGAUGAAGAAGAUGGCUUUAAUAAUACGUUGAAACUAAACACACAACUUUCAAGCAAUAGUUGGUUUGGAGACGAUAUCAGUGAUGAAGAUGACCCCUUUGCAGAAAUGGAGGAAAAUUUUGAUGAAAUUGAUAUAAAUGCACAUAUUGCCAGGGAUAAAUAUGCACGCGCUUGUUCAAGAUUGGAAGAGUUAAUUAAUGCUUUACAGCCUAAUGAAAGCGAGGAUCGAUUGGUAAUCUCAUGUGUUCAAAUAAUUGAUUUAUUGACAGAACAUAAAGAGCUUAAGAACCAUUUUAUCAUCUUCCAUGGUGUGAUUCCAAUCAUAGAACUGCUGGAAAUAUGUUCAUAUGCAAGUGUUCUUUCAAGAUUACUCAAAAUAGUUAAUAUAAUUAUUGCAAGUAAUAUUAAUCUUCAAGAAAAUCUCUGUCUUGUGGGUGGAAUACCCGUUAUUAUGAACUUUACUUCAAAACGAUAUCCAUACGAAAUUCGUGUUGAGGCUGCGAUAUUUAUACGACAGAUUUGUCAUACGUCACCUGUAAUCCUUCAAAUGUUUAUUUCUUGUCGAGGUUUAAAAGUUCUUGUCGAAUUUUUACAAGAGGAUUACAACGAACACAAGGAAUUAAUAUGGAUCGCAGUGAAUGGAAUAUAUGGGGUGUUUGAACUUCAGAGCCCAACUCCAAAAAAUGAUUUCUGUAGAUUACUAGCAAAGAAUGGAUUAUUGGACCCAUUAGCUAUUAUGCUUCAUCAUGUAAUUUUGGAUAAGGAUCCAGCGGCCAGUGUAUAUGUAGAUAGAAUAGUUAAUAUAUUUUUAAUGUUCUCGCAAGGUGACGCAUAUGUUAAAGAAGUCAUGGCAACACGGACAAGGAUUGUUUCUAGGAUAUUUGAUAAUUUGGACAAAUUACCACCAAACCUUGCUGUAAUGAUGCUUAAAUGUAUAAAGAAUAUUUCAAUGAAUUCAAAUACUUUGGAGGCUUUACAGAAGGCAAAAGCAAUUCAGGUUCUUACUGCAAUAUUGGAUAAACAAGAACCACCUUAUGUAACUGAAAUUUCGAAUCAAGUGCUUAACACAAUGUUUAAUCUUUGUCGAAUUAAUAAAUCAAGACAGGAAGAAGCUGCCAAGGCUGGAAUUAUUCCUCAUUUACAAUAUUUUGCAUCCAACAAAACACCUCUUAAACAGUUUGCAUUACCAAUACUUUGUGAUAUGGCCCAUACUGGACAAGUUUGUAGGGAUUUGUUAUGGAAACAUAAUAUUUUACAACUUUAUCUUGAUUUAUUAGUUGAUCCUUUUUAUCAGGUGAAUGCAUUAGAAGCUAUUCUUGCAUGGAUUCAAGAAGAAACAUCUAAAGUUGAGUCAGUGCUUCUUUUACCAAAAAAUAUUGAGCUUAUUUUGGAAGCAUUUAUUAUGGCCAAGGCGAAUUCCUUUGAAAAUAUCUUAGAACCAUUGUAUAUAGUUACUCAAUUAUCAACAUCUGUAGCCUGUGCACUAGCGCAACCAAGAUUUUUUAAGCGUCUAUUACAUCGACUUGGACAUCCAAAACCAGUUGUAAGGUUAAAUUUAUUAAGAAUAUUAAGAUCUGUAUGUGAUGUGCAUCCACAGCGUGAAGCUAUAGUCGAACGAUAUGGAUUAUUCGAUAUUACUUCUCGUAUGAGCAGAGAAGAUCCUGCUGUAUUAAUACGAGAACUUGCCAGAGAGAUUUUAUCCCAAGGAUAUUUCUCUACCUCAAUAAUAAAAAGAAAAUCUAGCAAUGAAAUAACUAAUAAGAAAGAGCAACCGAUAAUAGAAGAAAAUGAUGCAAGUUUCAGUGAAGAAGAUAAUAAUGCUCGAGAUGACAUCUCGUUGCAAGAAGGCAUCAGAUCUCGAAGACGUGCAUUAUCAUCACCUCCAUCAUCAUAUACGCCGUCUACUUUAAGGUCAACUACACAACGUCCAUUAUCAUCGUCCUCAUUAUCCCCAUCUAUUUUAUCUUAUCAACAAGGAAUAAAAUCAAGCGCAUCAUCACAAUCAAUCAAAACUCCGCCAUCAUCAGUUACAUCAUUGUCAUCUUCUCAAAGGAAACAUCGAAUGUCUUGGUCAUCACAAAUACCAGUGCAAUAUUCCACUAAUGUCGAAGACUCAACCACCGAAACAUCAACAAACAUACAUAAUGAAAGUGAGUCAAGACCUCAACAAAUAAGUUCAACCUCAAACGCAUCUACAGCAUCAUUAGAUUCAUCAUUACCAUUUCCAUAUCAGCAUAUAAGAAAACGUGAUAGCUCUAGAAAAAUUAGGGCACUAUCACAUAAUCGAAGUUAUAAUAGUCAAAAUAUUAAUUCAAAUGAAAUUGUGGAACACUUUCAAAACCGUGACAGUCAUUCGACUAUAAAUUUAAGUUCGAUAGGUAUGAACAGAAGUGUAAGUGUAAGUGCUGCAGGAAGUGUGAAUGGAUCAGUCAAUAGUUCUUUAUCUAAAUCUUCACAUCCUGGAGGUGUGCUAGGUUGGUUAAAGAGGAGGGUUAGUAAAGAUGGUAGUUCAAUGGGAAAAUCCGGAAAAACAAAGAGUAUUAAGAAAGCGAAUUCUAAAAGUAAGUUACAAGAGUCUAUUGUCAUUAUUAGUGAUGAAAAGGGCGAGGAAAAAUAA